ACGAAGAGGAGGAAGAAGAGGAUGAGGAGGAGGAAGAAGAAGGGGAGGAGGAGGAAGAAGACGAGGAUUCGAAGGGACCGAAAUUCGAGCCUUCCAAACCUAACGAGAGUAGAACCGAAGCUGCUGUUGCGGUCUUUUUACCAUCCGAACAUGCCGACAAAAUGAAGAAUGAUUUGGACGGUGAUACCAGCACCGUUCAUUGCGAAUACGGAAACACUGAUAUGGAUUGGACUGAGAGUACAACGAAAAUGCAAAUGACGAAGACGACGACGACGACGACUUUAGAAUCUGCUAAGAAUUUAGAUGAAUUCGGAAAAGUUACGUCUCCGCGUCGUCUUCAAUUGUUGUCCCCGUUCGAUCUCGAUAAAAAUAAAUUUAACGAUAAUUCUUGUUCGAAGAAUUUCGAUAAGGAAACUAAUCAUUCGUUAUUAUUAAUUAACGAUACCGAAAAAUCGGAGCCUGACAAGAAGGAAACACGUUCUCUCGGUAUGAUCAUUAUGGAAAGGUUUGAUCAUCCAAUAGUCGAAGGAGGAAGAAAUACCAACAACGUCGAUGAAAUCAUGGAAAAUCUCGAGUUACGUGAUACUUGUCGUGACUUAUUGAACGAUUUAUUAAACGGUAUUGAUCAUCAAUUAACCGAUAAGAAAACGAAUUCUACGGAAAUGAUUAACGUAACACGAACUUUCGGUAUCACGGAAGAAACGAAAAAUUCUCAGGUACACGAGGAACUUUCACCUACGAGUUUUCAUUGUAGUUUACCACUCGAAAGGAUCGCAUCGGUUUUACAACAAAAUUGUUGUCAACCUUCUACUGUUACUACUACUACUACUACUACUACUACAGUUGCUACCCCAUCUCUAGUGGAAACUUUUACGGUUCAACAACAACAGUCGCCAUCUUCUUCCUCAAUUUCAUUAUCCUCAUCCGCAUCUUCUUCCUCUUCUUCUUCUUCCUCAUCUUCCUCUCCUUCUUCUUCAAAGUCUCCGUUAAAUUCCCAUCAAAUACAAACCGUCGCAAAGCCAGCGACAACAUCGUCAAAAUCACCGUCACCAACGGUGAGACAUCUUUGCCUUUAUUGCGACAGAAAGUUUUUGUCAAUAUCUUUACGACAGAGACAUACCGAAAGGGUCCACCAAUCGGGUGGUGGCCGCCGUUCAGGAAGAAACUUACGAAGAUCUUCGCAAAAUUGUCAAUACUGUUCUGACAAAUGCUUGGACAGUUUGGAAUGUUUGUUCAUUCACAUGGCCGAUAAUCAUGCCGACAAAUAUCACGCUUGCCUUCAAUGCUUGACGAGAUAUUUAACAAAGGAAGCAUUACUCGUUCAUAUGACCGAAAUGCAUGCAGUUUCUUCAUCUUCUUCUUCUUCUACUUCUACUUCUACUUCCCCCGUGAGAGAAAGGACGCCACAAAUUCAGGAAAAAACGAAGGAACCAACGACUUCGUGUAAGAAGAAGAAGGAGGUCGUUUGCCAAAGUUCCAAUGAAAAAUCUGACGUCCUGGCCUCGAAAGAGAGAAAACCGUGUGACGCGGAAGUGGAAUAUCGAUCGGAAAGUAGCUUGCUGAAGCACCACGUCGUACCGACUACUACGAAGGACGUUUUCAGCAAUCCCGGUAGCCCGGAAUUCGAUAGUUCCUUUUACAGCAGCGUGAGUUGCAAUAUUCGUGAGAAUUUACUUCAUCAUUUGGAUGGAAAAUUGCAAACAGGAACAACGUCCUCGUCGUCGUCGUCGUCAUCGUCGUCUCCAAGCAAUGGUAAUAAUUCGUCUAUGACGACUACUACAACUAUGACGACAAUGACGGCAACAACUACCACAACUAUGAUGGUUACGACAAUGACUACGACGAUAACUACGACAAUGACUACGACGACGACUAUGGUGCCAGCUGUGUCCUCUUCCUCUUCCUCCUCUUCUUCCUCCUCGUUGUCGUCUUCGUCGUCGUCGUUGUCGUUGUCGUCAUCGUCAUCGUCGUCGGUGACAACAACGGAAUCAUCAAAACCACAACAAUCAUUUUACGAACAGCACAACAAUGCAAAUCAAAUUCAAUUUCCGAUCGAUAUCUCGUUAACCGCUGCCACGCCAGUUUAUAACAAAGAUUAUGCAGUUGAGGAAUACGAAAAUUCGAGCGAAUACGCACAGAAACCUGGUAAAAGUAGCAGAUCUUAUCCCCGAAGGGUAUCAUUCGAAAAAUACAACUUCCCGAGAAAAUACGAUGGGAAGGAACAGUGGACCUGUUCGAUCAAGGAUCUCAGUAAAUUCGAUAUAUCGACGCAAUUAUCAUUGAGAAAGAAACAACAAUUGUUGAAGGAACGUAUCAAAUUGAACAGGUUACAACAGAUAUCUCUAGUUAAUUCGAUUCCAAAUAACGAGAUCGUACAAACUAAUCUCGCGAACAACGAACAAACCUGCAAAGAGAAAAGUAAAGAUACCAACAACGAUGAGGAAUCGAUAAUCGAUCAUCCUUGCGCCUCCCUUGGUGAAAACAAUGGCCUUGAUCAGUCAUCCUGUUUAAAAGCUAUUGGUUUGAUCGAUCGACGGGAUAAAGAAAUUAUUCGCGUGGAUCAAACGGUGGAUCAAUCUCUACGGUCUACGGAGUUUAGUUUCGAGUUCGGUAAUUUCAUGAGACUUCAAAAGUGGGACGAUGCUACUGCUAAUGCUGCUACUGCUGCUACUGCUGCUGCUGCUGCUGCUGCUGCUGGCAAUGCUAAUGCGAAAAUGCAGGAAGUCAUUUACGCCGAAUUAACUGGCGAAUGGUCAAGACCCAGGAUUUAUAUUUGCGGUGCAUGUACUACCAGACACGUAACCCUGAGGGAAAUGGAAGAUCACAAAUCUUCCAUGCAUCCAAAUGUUUGGUGCUCCCAUUACGAAUUUUCCGGGGAUCAACGUGAAUUAUACAAACAUUUAUUUCUACCAGGACGUAGUACGCCUACGAUAAAAGCUAAGAAUGCCACUUUACCGGAAAAAAUCUGUACCAAGUGUUCGAAAAAUUGUAGUACACUUUCGGAGUUACACAGACACAUGCUGGAAUGUGGUGGUGAUCAGGCUUGGUUGUUGGGACUUUUUGGUAAUGGAAAAAAGAAAUGCAAGUGGCGUCCGUUCGGUAGUCGUAGCAGAAGACGCCGUCAACGUGGAAUGAAAAGAAAUAUUCAAAAUUCUCAAUCACCUCGUACAAACGUGCCCAGGGAAAAACAACCAACCGGGCCUAGGGUUCGACCUAGUGACCGUGAGAGUAUUCAAAAAAUGUUGGCCAAUCUACCCCCCAAAAGGGCUACAAGAAAAGUUUUACAGGACAACACUUUGAGAAAUCAAGGCAAACUGCGUACGGUCCAGACGAGAUCACGACCACGUAUGAGCAACGAUAGUUCAACAGCAUCAAGGAUGUCCAGGAAUAAGGCAGUUUUAAGGAACAAAUUGUUGAAGAAUGCUAAAUCAAUUCAACGUAAUCGUUGCAGAAGUGACAACAUAUCGGCUGUUAUCGAAAGUGUCAUUAAUGAUUAUAACGAAAUAGAUGACAAUGAUAAUAAAGAACGAAAACUCGACGGGGGGGAUAAUAAUAAUAAGAAGGAAAAGGAUAGAACGACUAUGGAGGCUAGCGGGAAUAGCGAGACAACCAAAGAGAAGAUUGAAACUACCUCGAAGGAUAGAAAGGAUGAGACGGAAGGAGGUGGUGUUGGUAGUGGUAGUGGUGGUAGUGUUGGUGGUGGUGGUGGUGGUGCUAGUAGAGAGAAUAAUAAGCCGAAGGUCGGACGGCCCAGGGUGCUUGGAAAGAAAAGGAACAUAAAGGUGAAAAAUGCAGUCGUUGAGAACGUCGAUGCACGUGGUACGACGAUGAAACGCGAACGAGUUAGAGCGAGGAGGAACAAGACGACCUUGAAAGCAACAUCCAACUAUCAGAUUAGGAUACAAGAUUCGACGAAAAUCGAUAGUAAAAGUGCGAAGAAUAAUAUAAAAACGUCUAAUAAAAUAUCGGACAUUGAUAAUAAUGAAUCUGAUAAAUCUGUUAUUGUUAAAACAUCACCGUCUAGUGGUAAAAACAAAUCAACGUCCGGUCAAACAACCCCAAAACGUAAACGUUCGGUUGAUCCGGUUACUUCAUUGAACGCAUCGAUAAAAGCUAAAUCACAAUUACGUACGCAGGAUGGAAAAUUUGCGAGAAAUCCUAACAAAGUUUCGUCUAACGUUCAACAACAAUCAUCGAACACGAAAAUUCGCGAUAUUAAAUCACCGAUAGUACGUAACAUUGGUAAAGAUUUAUCUGAAUUAUCUAAAUCUAAAUUGAAUCAGAUCGUAAGUAAAACUAAAAACAACGAUGAGAUACAAGUACCUAGGAGAACAACGAGAUUGUCAUCUGACAGUGACAAGAUGCCAACUUUGGAACCGGUGAUACAGAUAUCGUCUAACGAGGAAUACGUUGAUAAAUCGGCCAACGAUUUGCCUAUACUAUCUCCCGUAAGUAAUCCCGAUCAAAAGAUACUUCGUGGUAUGAAUAAAAAUGUUGAAAACGAAAGAGACAGUCCUACGAUGUCAUCCAAAGUUAUUGGAAAUUGUACGAACGAAACGUGCGAUAAGUCAUCAUCAUCAUUAUCAUCAUCAUCAUCAUCCAACAAGAUCGAAGAUCAGAGACAAUACAAAAAAAGAAAAACGACUGUUGACAAUAAGAUAAUCGAUCGAAAAAUCGAACAGCAGGAGACCGUACCAGUGGCAGUGGUAGGAGAAAAUCAAAAUAACUCGAACAAGUUGAUCAUUCGUGAGAGUAGAAUACGAACGAGAAAAAGUGCUCCGGUAAAAAGCGUUAACAGCAACAAUACUUUGGAAGAAAAUGUAAGGAAGGAAGAUGGGAGAAGGGUCCCGAGGGGUUCGAAGUGUCGUGCUACUUCAGCUGACGGUACGAAGAACGAUUCGACGAGGGAUGAACAGUCGAAUUUAUCGAAAACCUUAGAGACGAGAAGUUAUUCGAGAACUCGACAAGAUCGUGGUAUCUAUUCGCAGGACAUGGAAUCUCUUAAUACAAAGGACAUGCCAUUCGAAGUGAAAAAACUCUUGAUAGGAUUGCACGCGAACGCUAGGGAAGAUAUUUACAAUUUUUUUAGGCUCGAUUUAACAUCCCUCUUAAAUAUCUCAUCGAAACGUAGUCUAAGACAAUCGGGUUCGAGAUUGGAUUCACAAAUAAAUGCUAAUAAAAACGUUGGCAAAAUUUCUAAGGAACAUCAGGAUUCGAAUACUCGUGUCAACUGUGCAACUGAAAUCUCACGGAAAUCUUCUACCUUGGAUGUACCAAAGACUUGGUCGAAAACAUCAAAGAAAGAGAAGACUAGUUUUUUAAGAAAGUCACCGAGAAAUAAUGAAAAAAAGGGAAACGUUGAUAAGACCAAAAUAAUGGAUGAAGACAAAUCAUUGGCGAUUGUCGAGAAUGUUGACAAUGAGGAAAACACAAAAACAAUGAAUAACAGUGAUUCUAAUUCGAAGAUAACUGAGGAAGCCAAAGAUAGUACUAUUACUUGUUCGGAAACAACACCUUCGUGCAAUUCUGAAAUAGAAAAUGAUAAGAAAAAUUCCGCAGAUACUGACGACCAAGAACGAUCGGAAAGUAAUCAAAAAAAUCUCAAUGAUGAUCAGAAAGUAUCCGAAUGUAAUAAGAAAGAAAGUAUCGCGGAUGAAAGUAACGACGUUAUAUUAAAGAAGAACACAUCGUUGGGCAAACGACGCGGUAGAAUCAAAUCAAACGUGGAUCAAAUAAUAGAUGAACAAUAUGAGGAUAUCAAAAGUAAUUCAUCACCGAGCGUUACAAAUAUUACCAAUGAAGUAGAAUCAUUUGACAAGGAAGAUACGAAAGAAAUACAACAGAAUAACAACGAACAAAAUAAUACCGAUAGUACAAUUACGGAAUCAAAAGAUUCGAAAAUAUCUCUGGAAAAGACGAAUAUCGAUCCGAUUAAUUUAAACCUGAGUCAUUUGCAAUCGGAAACAACAAAUUCGAUCGACAGCGGUAAAGAAAAUUCUAUGGAAUCUUCGACAAUUAAUUCGCACAAGCCGAAAGUUGGAAGACCGAAAAAAUGUUGGGGUUCGCGGCGUGAAAGAACAUCGAAAAGAUCUUUGAGUAACGUUAUUGGCAUAUUAACGGAAGGUAUGAACAUACCCGUUGAAGUUCAACAAAGUGUCGUUCUUACUGUUCAAACUAACGUAGAAAACAAUGUUAAUCCUGUUGGUGUUGCACAAAGUAAUGCUUCUCAGCCAGCUGGUGGCAAUAUCGUUAAUAAUACAGAGAAAAUUUCGGAAAUUGAUACAGCGGUAUCAUCUUCUACGAUAGAUUUAUCUCGAGAUGAAAAAGAACGUGAGAAUGAUGAUAAACAAUUAACGCCAACACCGGUGGUGUUAACACCUGAAGAUCGUACACCUAAAGUCGUUGAUAAAUCACCUACAAUACGUUCGCCAACGAAUGAUAUCAUUUUAGAUCUUUCCAAAAGGAAACCUAGAAAAAAGGGUUCGUUUUUAGAAAAAAUCGUCUCGAAAAUCGCCAAACAAAAGGAUGCACUUUUGGAAGGUGAAGUUGGUACACUUUUGGAUAUAGCCGCUGACGAAUUAACUAGCAUACUAGAUGAAGUGGGACCUACUUUGGAUACCAAUAACGAUACUUCACAAGAAAAUAAAGUUAUUACUGCUGGAAUAGCUACGAGAGAGAAAUUAAUGGAGCCUAAAUUAAUCGUGGUUGAGAAUGUUGUCGAACGUUGUGAAGGUAAUAAAUCAAUUAGUAAGAAAAAUAAUCUAGAUAAAAAUCCUGAAUUAUUAGAUGAAACGAUUAAAAGGAACGAUGAUACACUUUCAACCGAUGAAGUUGCUAACGAAUCUGUUAUCGAGCUUAAUCCUAAUCUGGAUGAGAAAAGAUCUGACGAUAAUAUUAUUAUGGAUCAAUUGGAUCGUGUAAUAUCAGAAUAUAAAACCGACGGGUCUGAUAAAUUAAAUCUAAUUCGAUCCGAUGAAAUAAUUAAGCAAAAAGAAGAAAAAGAAGAAGUUUCGACUAAUAUUUUAAACACUGUUUUUAUAAAGGAUAAACGUGAAAUUGAUAAUAUUGUAGAAAAAUGUUUGCCUAUAGAAGAUAAUCAAAUGGAAAAUAAAAUAAAAUUAACUAAAAAUGAUAAUGUCAGCGUCGAAAUUAUUUCUAAAUCAAAACGAAAGUUUAAAAAAAGAUCGGAUGAUAGUAGUAGUAGUAAUAAUAGUAAUAACUCGAUGAAAAAUCACAAACAAAUAUCGGUCGCAGUUGAUAAAGUUUCAAUGGAAGAUUUACAUACUGAUAAACCACGAUUGGAAAAUAAUGAUCAGCAAGGAAAUCAUGAUUUGAUAGAAAAUACAGAUGUCACGUCUACGAUAGAAUGUAAUAUAUUGAAUAAUAUUAACAACGAAGUGAAAGAAGUUAAAGAUCAAUCUAAUGAAAAAAUGAUCGAGAAAGAUUAUGAACAUAGAUACGAUAAUUCGAAUAAUGAUUCCAACAAGUUACAAUUUAAUACAAUUAUCGAAAAUACGACAAAAUUAAGAACAAACGUCAAUGAGAAAGUUGACGAGUGUAAUUCAAAGGAAAACGAAAUAAUAAUAUCAAAUACCGAUAAUAAAUUAUUAUUAGAUGAAAAUAGAACGACGAUGAUUAAAGAAAAUCAUGAAAGAAAAUUAGAAGUAGGAUCGAUUUCUAACGAAACUAUUACAACUACUACUAGUAACUUGUUGAUAUCACGAAAACAAAACAAACGUAAGUCAGCAGUAGAAGUUAAAUCAAAUUUCAUGGGUAGAAGGUUUUCUAAAAGAAAAUUAAACUCCGAGGACGUUUCCGAUUUCAUCAAGGAAAACGUACUACUAUAUCGAUCGGAUACCCCCUCGAGCGAAACGAGAAUUCAGAAAGAAGAAACUACUAGUACUAGUACUACUACUACUACUACUACUACUACUACUACUACUACUACUACUACUACUACUACUGUAGUUACGACGUCUCGAAGAAGAAAAUCCUCGAGGCUGAAAUCGUCGUCUGUUAUCGAUGUUGUUCCAGGUAACGUAGAAGAGGAAACAUUCGAUGACGUUAAAAAUAAUUUAUCUUACGACGAUCCGUCGAUUAAUAAAAUAAACGUUGAUGAUAAUAUUACUACUACUACUACUACUACUACAUCUGUUAGAACAGAAAUAUGUGAAUUAAAGAAGGAAGAGGAAAAAAAAAAAGUAAGUUCUUCGAUGCAACAGCAGCAGCAUCCAACGAUAUUGCGCAUACCUGAGAUAUCAAAGUUAUAUGACAACAAUAUUUGUCAGGAAAAUGUCAAGAAAGAUUCAUCGUUCAUAAAAAUCAAUGAUUCGAUAGUUGCUGACGAUUCCGAAAGAAUUUCUUCUACAACGUCCACCAAUCAAACGCAAAAAAUUGUUAAGAAACGUGGAAGGAAAAAGAAAUCAUUGGCGGACGAACAUUUGGAAUUACCUGUAAAAUUAUCGAUUGAAAAAUCACGAGAGGAAUCAAAAAUCUUCGUCAAAUGUGCGAUGGACAAUAGUCGCAUUGAAAAAAGUUGUACAUCUUCGACGGAUUUGACGAUAUCAUCUACUCCUGCUGUUACUGCUACUACUACUAUUACUACUACUACUAAUACUACUAAUACUAAUACUGGUAGUGUUUGUUCGAGCGAGGAAUCGUCGAACGUUGAUCUUCCGGCGGGUAAUGCUAGCAACGCCCUUCCGGAACCCUUCAAAGUUCCCGAAGUGAGCGACGUGUUGCAGCAUACAAAGAAGCGUACGUCCAAACGUAAAAUCACUCACGAAGAACAUUAUCAAUUAGAUGGUGAAUCUGUUAAGCAAGAUUUUCAAAUGAAUAAUCCGAUAGAAACGAAAGAAUCGAAAAAGUUAUUAUUAUCGAUGCGUAUCAAUGAGAAAAAUGACGAAUCUUUAAUGGAAAAUCAAUCAUGCAACAACGUAUCCGAUAAUAAAACUAAAUUAAUCGAACGUGAUUUAUUAAUCGAUGGGAUCGGCAAAUCGAGUUCGAUGAAUUUCGUGGAAAACGAUACUCCGUCGUUGGUUGUUAAUUCAAGUAAAAUAAAAGGAUCAACAUCGUCAAGACGUAACAAACGUACCGAGGAAGAAUCAACGUGUUCCGAAAAUUUCGAAACAACCGAUAAUUUAUCCGAAUCUUCUUGUACUAGCGAGCCUGGUAAUAAUUCCUGUCCAAGAAGAAAACGUUUUACGAGAAAGAAGAAAAAUCAUCAGGAAAUUAACGAGGAUCCAGAAACCGAUGAUUGUUUAUUUAACGAUAACAAGUUGUCGGAUGGUAGAACGAGUUCAAAUGGAAUCGAAAGAAGACAAAUUCCAAAGAGACGAGCCAAAGACAAUAUUUCAUUCCUCGAAGAUUUUUCAAACAGCGAAAGUUCCGAGGAAACAUUUUACGAAGUACCAAACUACGUUGUCGAUCGGAAAGAAGAAAAAGCAGCAGGAGGAGGUGUUGUUGAACAUUUCGUUAAUGAAAAUAAAAAUUACGAAAAAAAAUCAUUGAAUACGUCAUUGGAAGACGUCAAAUCGAUCAACGAAAUGAUUUCAACCGACGACAAGGAUAAUAAGAACAACAGUGAAACUGAUAAAGAUGAUUCCUUCGUUUCGGAACAAUCGAUUAAUGCGAACGAAUCGGAAUUCGGAUUGGACGGUCGUCAAAUUUUGGAUGAUCUUCAAACACCGAAAAAACGUACAGCUGGUAAUUUCGUAGUCGUCCAUACGAAAACCGGUGAAAUUUUGAUCGUAGAAAAACGUAAGAAACUCACCAAAGAGGCUGCCAGAUUUUUCUGCGACGUUUGCGCAACCAGUUUUACCCGAAAGAGUUCCCUUAAAAAACAUCAACAAUCGCAAUCUCAUUUGAUACAAUUAACCAAGUCGGACAAAGAAAAAGUCAUUAAUUGCGAUAAUAAAAAUGUAGAAGAUGACAGAUGUCAAGACAGCAAUAAUUGGACGAUCAAUGAAAAUGAUCCAAUUAACGAUGAAAUUGAUGAUAAAGAAACAAUCGAAUCAACGGAUGAUAAUUUACAAAUGGCUACCAACGAUGAUUUGUCUAAUUUUGAGAAAAAUGAUACCUCGUCUGAUUAUUUAAACAAUAUAGAAUCUACUGCUUCUUUCGAACAUUCGGUUAAUAAUCAUCAAGAAACCUUGGAAGAUGAACUUUUAGAUGAAGAAAUUUGUAAGAUAACUGAAAACAUGAGCCACGACGAAUAUGUUUUAACCGAUCACGUUAGUCCAAUACCACAAGAAUCAUCGUCUACUCCGUUGAAAAAUGUAACUAAAAAAAUUGACGAAGAUAAUAAAAAGAAAAAGAAUGAUAAAAAGCGUGACAAAACGAAGAAAAGAAAUUUGGCCGAAGAACAUUUGGAUUUGAAUACUCCCGAACCAAAAAAAGUGAUCAUAGAACAAAACAAAUCUGUUAUUAAAGAUUCUGAUUUAAAUAAGAAAACUGCAAAUGAUGAUAAUGAUGAUGAUAAUGAUAAUGAUAAUGAUAAUGAUAAUGAUACUGUUGUUGCAUCAUCUUGGAAUUCUAAAAUUACAGAAACUCUCGUAAAAGAUAAUACAUAUUUGUUAGAAAAUGAUAUCGUUAAUGUUCGUUUUAAUCACGAUACUAAAUCAAACGAUCCCGAAUCAAAGAUAAUGCAUGGCGAUUUAAAAGAAAAUGAUUUAAUUAAAAAUGAUUUUUCUCAAUCUGUUAUUAAAACUAAACAAAAUUCAACGGAAGAAGAAGAAGAAGAAGAAGAUGGUAUCGGUGCUAAUUGCAUCGAAGAAAAAUCUGAUAAUAACGUUACUUUUAAUUGGACUAGCAUCGAAAAAGAAUUACAAUCAAAGCUUGAUUCUAUGAAAGAUAAUGAGAAUAAGGUUAACGAGAUUGCCGAUGAAAUUUGCAUAUCCUCGAGUACGAAUUACAAAAGUGAUACAAUUAAUAACGAUUCGGAUAGGGAUUUGGAAGAAAUUAAUGCUAAUAAAGAUGAGAUUAAAGUUAUCGAAUCAUUAAAUAAUUUAAAAGAAUCGAAUAUGUUUGUUGAAAAUUUGGAAAAUAAAUCGAUCGGUAAUGUAACAAUAGAAACUAACAAUACUGUUGAAGAUUACAACGUAUAUAAUAACGUUGAUGAGACUAAUCGAUAUUCCGUAUCUUUGAAUAAAAAUGAUGAAAUUGAUUAUGAUAAAAAGAUAGAAGAAAAUUUUGAUAAUACGAAGACGAACAUAGAAAACGAAGAAUUUCAAAAGAAUAACGUCGAUGGUGGUAGUAUUGAUCAGAAAACGUAUGAAUUAUCUAACGGAAAUUCAAUAGAAAAUAUUUUGAAGAAAAAUAAUGAAGAAAAUUCGAAUAAAAAUUCUGUACAUUCAAUUGUGGAAAGUUUCGAUAAAAAUGUGCAAAGUUUCAAAGAAAACGAAUCGUUAAUAUUGAAAGAAAACGAUGAUGAAUUAAUCAAAGUUGAUAUUACACGAGAGAAAGAAACGUCAAUGAUUUCUAAUGUAGACAAAAUUAAAUCUAAAAACAAUACUUCGGAUUCUUUUGAAAUCGAAACUAAUUCAAUUUCGAGAAACGUUAAGAAAACAUCAUCGAAAUCUUCUUCUAAAAGGCAUCAACGUAUUGUUCAAACGUACGAAGAAGAAAAAUCGAUAUCGAAUGUUAACAACGAGACGACGACGAUGACGACGACGACUGGGUCAAAAUUAUUAGAACGGAAUGAUUUAUGCGUAUUUGAAGAUAAUAUCGAACGUAUAAUUCAUUCGACGAUUGAAACAAAAAUAAUCGAUCCUAUUGUAAUUACGAACAAUGAUAAAUUCAUUCAAAACGAUUUGUUGUCAUCGUUUAACGAUAAUUCGCGUAACAAUGAAAUCAUUAACAAAGUUUCACCUUUAACGAUUAAUAAUCAAAAUGAAAAAAUUUUGGAUAAUAAUUUAUCCAUGGAAAAAAAUCCAAAUUGUAUGAACGAUUAUAUUAAAUUUAUUCAAACGAACGAAGAUGCUUUAUCGUCGUCAUCGUCAUCGUCAUCAUCGUCGUCGUCGUCGUCAUCGUCAUCGUCGUCGUCAUCAUCGUCAUCAUCGUCAUCGUCGUCAUCGUCAUCGUCUAGUUUAACCGAUAAACCACUUUCCGAAUUUUUAAUUGAAAUGAAUAAUAAAAAGAACAAAAAAAUAAUACAAAUGAAAAAUGAUGAUAAUUCACCAAUCGACAAAGAAGUAUUAGUCAAGGAAUCUCAAUUAGAAAAUAAUACCGAUAAGAAGGAUACACAAUCAUGGAUAUCUGGCGAAUCCGAAAGUGAAAAUGACAAUAGCGUUAACGAAGAAGAAAAUGAUGAUGUUCCGGAUAUUAAGCAGGACGAUUUAAAGGUAACAAAUCAUAAUUACAAGCAGCAAUCUGGUAAAACAAAAAAAAUAGAUAAUGACAAGUUUUUCAUUAACGAACGUGAAAUAAAUGUCGACGAAACAAUACCCAUUGACGAUCGUUAUAUCGAGAAUACUAAAUCUCGAGCAAGUUCAUUAACGAUUAAUAAAAAGAUGGAAGAAGACAAAUUGGAAUUCGUUCGUACGUUGAAUUCUGAAUCUCGUGGUUCGUCGAAGAAAUUAGGUAAGAAUAAUAAAUCGUCUAAAAAAAUGACUCAUAGAAAAUCUCGGAUGACAAAGAAAAAGAAAACAACGAUGAUGGCCAAAUUGAAAAUCGCUGAUUUAUCCAGCGACAGCGAUGGUAGCGAAUACGAAGGUCUCGACGAAUCACAAAACAAGAAUAAAAUAGUUAAAAGUGUGUUUGGUCGUGUGUUUGGUUGUGAAAAAAUGGAUAAAGUUAAGGAAGUAUUGAACGAUUGGGUUUCGAAAUCUGAAAAUGAUUCUGAUACAUCGCGUAAUGGUUUUGAAUCGAAGGAAUUUAAUGGGAAUAAUGUUCCAUUGAAAGUAUCACAAGGAGGAGGAGGAGGAGGAGAAUUUUUGGACAUGAAGAAUAUCGAUUACGAGAAUACUAAAAAACAUCGUUCAAUCAAUUCCAAUAGUAAACGAACGAGCAACAAACAAGAUGUCAAAAGAAGAAAUUCAUUUUCCCAUAACAAACAAGAGAAAAUUUCAUCGUCCAACCGUCAAGAACAUUGUCGACGUGGUAAUAACAAACAUUCGAAAUCUAGAAAUAAUUUGAAGCAUCGUGUUACGCAAGAAGAAACUUCCACGCGUAAUAAUAAUUCGACGGUUACGUCGAUUUUAGAACCCGAAGUAUCAACAUUCAAUUCUAGAUGUAGAUUGAGUAAGAAACGUGCACAAGAAAAGAUAUCGUGGUCUUUCGAAUUGUCAAAUGGUCUUGACGAAGUUCUACCUCGCAAGAAUUACAAACAAAGGAAUAAAGAAAAAACGUCUUACGAGUUAAGGAAAUCAUCUAAAUCAAAUGAUUCAAGUGUUAAGGAUAAUGGUUAUGGUUCUAUCGAUUACGAUAGAACAUUUGUGAAUUUUAAUAAUGAAGAAUCAACGAAAAAUUCCAGAAAAAAGAAUAAUCGUUUGGUCAAGCAGAUUGUUGAUAUCGAAGAAAAUAAAUCUCUUCGAAAAUAUGGGAAAAGAAUGGUGGUCACGAGUGACGAAAUAAACGAAACCAAAAUCGAUACGGUUGAUUUGGCAAAGAACAAACAUUUCAAUACGAUAGAUAUCCGACAAGAAGAAGAAGAAGAACAACAACAAGAACAAGAACAAGAGGAGGAGGAAGAGGAAGAGGAAGAAGAAGAAGAAGAAAACAUUGUGGAAGAAGAUGAAGAUGAAGAUAAAGGUGUCGAUAACAAUUUGUACGAAAAUGAAAUCGUAUCGUCGACUGGACAGAUGAUCAAUCAGGAUACAAAAGUCAGAUUAACGAAUAUAGAUAGAGAUUCACAAAUAAGUUGUGAAGAGGAAAGUGAAAUAGAUGACGAGGAGGAAGUAAACAACAGUGAAAUAAAUUGUGAAGAGAGAAGGAUAUCUCCUUUGUUUGCUCGUGAUACACCUGAUAUUUCAUUAGGGAGUAGUUCGAACAGUGAAAACGAAGACGACGAUGAAGAAUUGGAAAAUGAAAAUGAAGAAGAACAAGAACAAGCAACAACAACAACAACAACAACUGCAGCAACAGCAACAGCAACAGCUGUAGCAGUAGUAGAAGAAGAAGAAGAUGAAGAAGAAGAGGAAGACGAAGAAGAAGAAGAAGAAGAAGAAGACGACGAAGAUGAUGAAGAAGAAGACAGGAAACAUACUUCAGAUGUAACCAGGAAAAGAAGUCCUAGUGUAUUUUCUAACGGUAAAGUCUUGAUUAGAUCGCCGUCCUCGAGUCACAGAGAUCGAACUGAAGUUAUCACCAUAGCACCAACAGAUGCCAUUGAAGAUAAUGCUUUAGAUGUGCCACAGGAAAUAGAAUCGGUCAAGCCACGACAAGGUAAGGUGUUAAACUUUGACGAGGAACUUUUCGUCGAGUGUUGUUCAAGAUUGAAAGCAACAACGGAAAACGAGUUACGCGGAGCUAAAAAGAUCAAGCUCGAUCAUUCGGAUGCUUAUCAUAAAAAGGACGAUCAGGUACAACUUUAUAGGACCAAUAAGGAUCGAUGGAGAGAUGUUGAAAGUCAAAAUAGUCUUGGAAGUCUGUUGGAAUCGGUUAAUCAGUUACUCGGUGAAGAGAUGCAUAGUACGCGAGAAAGAGAAUAUAGUAAACGCGGUGGUAGAACUCGGAAUGUACAAAGCGAACAAUCCAGCAGAUCGGUCAGCCCUGACAUAUCUCGUGCUGAUAAUCCUGGUUACGAAGAUAGUCUCGAUGUUGCAUUCGAGCAUAACAACAAGCUCCGCGACAAGAUUCAACAACGUAUGAGAGAGAGCGAGAAUCUUAUAGCAAGUACAUUCGGACAACGAUCCGGAAGCAAUACCACUGACGAUGUAUACGAACGUCAACGUCAAACCGAUCAUAGUAAAAUGAACGAGGAUGACAACGAUGCUCCUUAUUUACGGAUCGAUAAUCACGGACACUUGUCCAACUCGAACGGGAACCGUAACGACACCACUAAUAUCGAUCAUGUUCAAGAUAAUCAGAUAGCUAAGACAAAUUUAGAUGCAUCAGGAUUUAAAAGCAAAAUGAAUUCAGCCUUGGGCGGUCUUUUGGAUAAAGCAUUAUCGAAUUUGUUGCAUAAUAACGGCAAACACGACCACAAUGGUUCGACCCCGAUGAAGGUUCUCGCUGAAUUAGCUUGUGCACGUGCACCAAGAUCUACUUCACCUGAAGAUCGACAGACUAAGAUCACCGUACCAAUCAAGGAAACGAUUCAGGAAACGAUAUCGGUGACGGUAGGAAAGGAUUUACAACCUAAGAAAGCAAGAAAUCCGAUACAGGAAUUAUUCGAGAGGAAAAAGGAGAUGAAUGAACGAAGACAGCAAGAAAGAUCGCAUAUUGAUACUGCGUUACACGAAUUUAGCAUAAUACAGAAACAACAACGUAAAUCUAAGAAAACGAAAAAACGUCCGGAAUUUCCGUUAAUAAAAAAAAAUAAUCAGGGUGGAUUAGCCGAAAAGAAAAAACGUCGGGAUAAUUUUGAACGUAAGAACAACGAACUGAGAUCGGAAAAGAUCAAAGACGUUUACGAUUUCGAUGAAGACGAGAGUCAAAUGGAACCAGCUUUCGGUGGUGUCAUGUCUUACAGAACAAAAGUUGAGAAAAAUUAUGAGGUUAGUUGUAUUAGAACAAAGGAAGUCGAUGUAGCUGACCUGUUAUCGAAAGCUAUCGGCGAUAGUUUGGAAAAUGGAAAAACUGGAGAUGUUCUCGGAACGAGAUUGGAAUCUAUGAUUGAUCGUAAGUUCAAGGAAAUGGAAAAGUUUGCACCUAAAACGAAAGGUGCAUUGAAAGCAUUCCAAAGCGAGGAUCAUCAUCAUCAUAAUCACCAUCAUCACCACCAUCAACAACAACAACAACAACAACAACAACAACAACGUCAACGAAUCACAGGUCCUAUGGAUGAGUUUGUAGAAAGAAAACAACGUCCUAAACAACGAUCGGUUGAUCAACAAAAGCAUACAAAAUUCAAGAAAAAGAAUAAAAAUCCUAAAAAGAAACCAAGGAAUGCGUGGUACGAAAACGACAGUUCGGAUGAGUAUAGAACAGCUGCUAAAACUGAAGACGUUGGGGUAGGUAUUUCAAAGAGUCAACGUACAUGUUCUAAAGGUAAACAAAACCUUUUCGCCGAAUUAUCUACAUCAUCCGAAAGUGAAUUUGAAGACGGUGGUAUUGGCUACGAAUCUAAGGGACGCCGACGAGUGAAGAAAACCGUCAAGAAAGAUGUUGAGGUAGAAGAGGUUGAUAAGAUCGAGAGAACCGAAGAAAAUUAUUGUUUCGGUGAUCGAGAUCAUCAAGAUAUUGAGGAGGAGGAAGAGGAGGAAGUAGAAGAAGAAUGGGCGGCUACAAAUCGUGGGACUGAUAUUAUUGACACUACUAAAUACAUUGAUAUCGAUCAUAAGAAAUCAGAAUCCGAAAUGUCGGAUCAUCCAUUAGUGAUCGAUGAGAGAAAAGAAAUUAACGAGCAUAGAAAUAGCGAUGACGAUGCCGAUAAUCAAUCCGAACGUAUCUUGGAACUAGACGAUUUGUAUCGAGAAGAUAGUUCGGUUGCUGAUUCGGACAUUGAAGAUAACACGAUAACCGAUUUAAGAGAGAUUCCAAAUGAAACUAUUGCUAAGAGUCCAAUUCCUCAAAUAGAAAAGACUUCGCAAAAUACGAGAACGGAUUAUACUCCAGAUGAUGAACUUAUUCCAUUAGAGGAAGCUUUAGAUUUGUUGGAUAGACCGGAGAUAUUGAAUACCGACGUACACGUAAAUCAAAUUGAACAGACAAAUGCUAUACCAAGUACUGAACUUAUCACUAAUAAGAUCGUUGAUCCAGUUAAAGAAACUGAACAAGAAGGAUAUCAAAGUACGAAUGAAGAACAGGAUGAAGAAGUUGACGGCGAUGUUCUCGAAUUACCAGAGAAAUUAUCGACUAAUGAGAAACCAAAAAAGGAAUCGGACAAUCUACCUUUGCAUGUGUUCUUAAGUAGAAAAGUUCAAGAAUCUAAGAAAAGGAAACAACAACAAUUAAAGAAAUUACAGGAAGAACAAGAAAGGAUUCUCAUGGAAUUUCAACCGACCAGAAGGCAAAGAAAGUGUGCAAUUGGCAAACAAGGUCUGUUAGCAGAGAUAAGUAGCUCCGAUGAAGAAUCUAAUACUAGAGAAACUCAAAGUAGAAAAUAUACCGAUAAAUCGGAUCACGAGAAAACGAAAAAACAAAAAAGAGAAUCUAAAGAAAAAAGAAAGGAAAGGUAUUUGGAAAAGAAACACGAACAGAUAAUAGCGAAGGAACAAAAAGCGAUCGAGGAAGAGAUCUUAAGAGAACUCGAGAAGAAAAAGGAAAGCGCACAGAAGACAACAACAACAAUUAAUAAUCUCGAAUUAAACAUUGAAUCUUCUGUUAUCGAACAAACAGUACAAUCGAACAAUUUAACAGAAAACAAAAUUGUUUCGUCGGAUGAAAGUCUUGAUAAAAGGAAGCAUCAAGUGAGUAAAGAUAAAUCGAAAAAGAUAGAAGAAUCGAUAGUAAACGACAGAAUCCUUGAUUGUCCUUCUGUAGAUUCUGAACAUAAUCGUGAGAAGACAGAGCUGAAAGGUAACAAUAAUGAAAUAGCUAAUGAAAAUGAGAAUCAUUUAUUGGACUCUGGUUUGAAAUCGAAAAAGGGUACGACGAAGUCCUCUUCGAAAUUAAAGAAAUCGGUAAAAGGUAAUGAGAGUAAAACAGUGAACAACGGAAAUAAGAGGAACAAGUUAACGAAUUCUGAUCGAUCGAAAGGCGGUCGUAUCGGGACAACAAAUGGAAAAGAUUUAAAGGAAAGAAAAUCGUCUAAUGGUAGGAAAGAUGGUGACGAUGACGAAGAAUUGAAAACUACUAAAUCGUGGAACAAAGUUGACGAAGGAGUUGGUGUUGCAAUUGGUCGGAGAAAACGUGCUGCAGUUAAUCAACUCUAUUAUUGGUCAAGUUCCAGCGACGAGGAGGAAAUUAUUGAACCAACGCCAGUGGUCGAGGAAGAGGAAGAUGAUCGUCAGGAACAGCAUGGUUGGAUUGUUGGCGAUUCGCACAAACGUAUGAUCACAAUGCUGGCGAUGGAAAAACAAUUAAAAGAGAAACGACGUAGGAGCGAGGAUGAAUUUGAUUCGGUUAGAUCUAAGAGCAAGAAGCACAGAAAUAGUACUUCUUGAUACGUGUUUCACGAUUAGAUUUAAUCAUAUAGAUAUCGAAUAGGACACAAAUAUAGUUAUAUACGUAUUAUUAAUUUUAUUUUUUCUCCUUUUAGUAUAUAUAUUUCUCAUUAUUAGAUUUUUCUAAAAGGAAUUAAAAAAAGAUGAUGAUGAUUUAUUCAUUCUUUAUGUUUCGUUUAUUUUCAAAACGAGUUAUUGUAUUUAGAAGAAACCCCUUAUAACAUGAACGAUAUAUAUAUAUUUAAAAUGAUAGAUAAAUGUGAUCUACUGCCAGGAAACAUUUAUUUUUUUUUUUUCUUUCUUUUUUCUAAUUGAAUUAAGUUGUUUAUAUAAAAUGCGAAUGAAAAUGUUCUAUCUUAUCGAAUUAAUUUUUUAGAUUUAGAUUUUUCAAUGAUGAAAUAAUAUAAGUCAGAGUGUAGUAAUAUUAAAGUAAUAUAGUAGUAAUGCGGCAGGUAGCUGCGUAAAGAAAAAUGUAUGGAAGAAGAAUAAAACAAAAAACUUAAAAAAUAUAAAAAUAUAAAAAACGUAAAAUGAAAAAAAAAAAAAGUAAAAUAUAAACAGCAGCAAAAUGUACAUAAUGGCCGCUUGUGGUAUAAUAUU